AUGUAUUUUGCGUGGUUUCUUUAUAUUGCUUUGAUUUUGGUAUUCUCAUAAUAUUAAAAUAGGGACUGUACUUUUUAUCCAGAAUAAUAGUGAAAUACUAUAUAGAUCCUGCUGAGUCUUAUAACUUUGCAAUUAACUCUAUAUGUCUUAGUUUCACAGUUUCUAUGAUUUGUAUUUUAAUGGUGCCAAUUGAUGUGUUUGUGACUUCUCAUCCUAAUGAUGUUAUUUCAACUUUACAUCAACCAAUAAAUAAGUACUUUAUAAGGGAAGUGUUUAUAUGUAAUAUUUUGAUUAAUUCUUAUAGAUCUUUAUAUUGGAUUAUUAUUCAUUACCUUUGUGAUUUUACCAUUUAAUUAUUUUUAUUCUGAAGAAAGAGCAUUGAAUUAUGAUAAUGAUUUUGACUUAGAUUUGAGUGAAAAACGUCUAUCAUCAAAAAUAAUAAGAUCAGCUAAAUAAACUGUAUAUUUUAUAGGAUUUAUUUGUGUCUUAUUAAUAUCAGGACUUGUUUUUAAUCCUGAAGUUAAUUAUAAUAAUUCUGCGAAAUUGGAAUGGGUUAAAACAAUGUUUGAUGUUGAUCAUUUAGGAGAAUAAGCAAUUUCAUUUUGCAUUUCAAUUAUUUUAACAUUUGGUUUUUGUCUAUGGGUAAUUUAUGGAUCAUAUGGAUUAACUGCUUUGCCAUUUUAAUUAAUUAAAGGAGCAAGAUCUUUAGAAGAAGAGAAAUCUUAAGUAGAUAAUGAUUUAGCAAAAAUAAGAGAAAAAUAUAGAACUAUUUAAGAAAAAUAUUAAAAAAAUUCAUCAAAAAUUUCAAAAGGAGAUUAAAAAGUAUAAAUUUAAAUUAUAUUUUUAAGACUUUAACUAAUUUAAAAAGAAAAGAAAGGUUUUUAAAUUUAAAGAAUGAAAAAAUAAUUGAAUUAGAAACAUAGACUAAAUCUUUAUAGACAAUUUUUAAAAUAAUUUCACCAUUCAGAAUAAUAAUUGGAAUGAUUUGUUUAUGUUUUUCUGUUUUAAUAUUUAGUUCUUUAGCUCUUACUACUUAUGAUAAAGUAAUAAACGAAUAAAUAUUUUAUAGAUAACAAAUUCAUAAUGUGGCUUUUAGUGUGGUUAUUUAAUCUAAGAAAAAACUUUAUUAAAUCCCAUAGAUACUUUAUAUGUUUAUUCUUCAUACUAUUUUCCAUUGGAUUAUUUAUUCUUUUUCAUUUUUACCCUUUAUAUAUUUAUUUGCACAUUAUAUGGAAUUAUAAAAUGCGGAAUAAUUUUCUUAAAAGGAUUUGAAAUAAAAAAAGAAUAAACUCAACCAUCCUCUUUGUUUAUAGUAGCUGCUAUUUUAAAUAUAAGCAUUUUGGUAGUUUGUAAUUAAUUAAUGACAUUAUGUCCAUAAUAUGCAACCUUUGGGAAUCAACAUUAUUAUGAUAUUAGAACAAGAUAAUAAUCCUUAUGUACUUUAGAAGCUGUAAGUAAAGUGGAAGCAAAAUUUAUAUGUUAGAUGACGAAUUUAUCUACAUUUUACAAUAAGUAUAAAAACAAUAAUUACAUUUAAUAGAAUAUCUUUAGGAUAUCCUAUGUUUGCCGUAAUAUUCUUUUUAGCUAAUGCUUCAUUUUUAGGAUUGUCUACUUUUAUGAUAUUUAUUUUUAUGUGUAAAAAGAAGACUAGUUAAAUUGAUGUUAGUGAAGAUGAUGAAUUAGAAGAUGAGAGUAAAUCAUUAAUUAAUAUAUGA